AUGAUAGAUUGGCCAACCGCCAACCCGGCUUCAUUCCGGGCUAAUAAUCCCACUAUGGACUGGACGUCCAACGCACCAUCCAUGGCGGUAAUACAGCAAACCCACAACUCUCAUCCCUCUAUUGACCACUUAAUAUUAUUAGUCUUUGAGGCUGUAUUGGAAGUUGUAUGUGUUAGUUUGCCUGGAUAUGUUAUCGCCAGGUUAGGGCAUUUUGAUGCCGAAAAGCAAAAGUUCCUAGCAAAUCUCAACGUCAUGCUAUUCACGCCAUGCCUAAUCUUCACGAAAUUGGCAUCGCAAUUGAACGCCGACAAGCUCCUCGAUCUCGCAGUCAUACCCUUCAUCUUUAUCGUACAAACUCUUGUCUCGUAUCUGGUAUCCAUUGGUGUAUCGAAAGCAUUUCGAUUCAAGAAGCGCCCAUCAAAUUUCUUAACUGCCAUGGGUGUAUUUGGCAAUUCCAACUCCCUACCGAUAUCGCUAGUCAUCUCGCUAUCGCAAACAUUGAAGGGGCUCCACUGGGACAGAAUACCAGGCGACAACGAUGAUGAAGUAGGCGCGCGAGGUAUUUUGUACCUACUCAUAUUCCAGCAACUUGGUCAACUAGUAAGAUGGAGUUGGGGAUACCACGUUCUGCUGGCGCCGAAGAGUCGAUACGCCGAAUACCAAGAUGAGACCGUGGAAGAGGGCAGAUAUCGAGACAUCACGCCUCAAGAUGAAGCCUUAAUCCCGGGUCUCGACGGAAAUGUAACUGACGACGACGUCUCGGAUGGUUCGGACGAUACGGAUGUUUACGAACCAGCCGGUCGUACUCCAGUUGCUGGGACUUCGGUAGCAUCGCCCGCUGAUUCGGAUGAUGAAGCUAUCUCGCCAAGGAAGCGUUCAGCAAGGAAAUAUGGAGGUAGUGUUAACGGUUCCGAUGGUCGCAAUAUCAUUCCUGGACCCGGCGAGAUUAUGCUGUUCCCUCGAAUGCACGAUUUGAACGAACCGGAAAUCCCGGAAGGAAUUAUGGGCUACUAUGUUCGUGCAAAAUUCGGUGUCAUGAGAAUCGCCGCAUCUACCAAGCAAUGCUUUGUCAGUCUCUCGAAACGUAUAUACGAGCGCUUCCCCAGUCCGGUUCAGAAGGCUUUGUCCAUGCUAUGGAGAGGAUGGCUUCGGAUAUACAACUUCAUAUGGGAAUUCAUGAACCCGCCUCUAUGGGCAAUGCUUAUCGCCAUCGUUGUCGCUUCGGUGCCUGACCUACAACGACUAUUCUUCCAGGAGGGAACGUUCAUCAACAACAGUGUAACAAGGGCGGUAUCACAAAGUGGCGGUGUUGCUGUCCCCCUUAUCCUUGUUGUAUUGGGUGCAAACUUGGCUAGAAAUACGCAAAACCAGGAGACCAGAGAUCCGGAAGAGGGGCAGAUUGGAACGAAGCUACUUGUAGCUUCGCUCAUCAGCCGGAUGCUUCUUCCCACCCUAAUCAUGGCUCCGAUUUUGGCUCUUUGCGCCAAGUACAUCCCGGUCAGCAUACUUGACGAUCCCAUCUUCAUUAUUGUCUGCUUCCUCCUUACGGGAGCACCAAGCGCUCUACAACUAGCACAGAUCUGCCAGAUCAACGAGGUGUACGAAGGGGUCAUGUCAAAGAUCCUGUUCCAGAGUUACGUUAUCUGGAUCCUCCCCUCAACAUUGAUACUUGUCAUGAUGGCCCUAGAAACCCUUGAAUGGGCCAAGUUAUGA